AUGUCUGGUUCAGACUUUAACCCUCAAUUUUUUACACCCGAGGAGAAUAACGCUUUUAGUACCAUAUUAACCCAACUUCGCUCCUUCGAACGAACAGUCGCUCAGACCUUUCGCCAAUUAGAAGGAAGACUUAAUAAUAUCGAAGAAAACCUUAAAAAGAAUAAAGACAGCCUAACUGGAACGAAAGGCUCCAUCACUAAAUUACGUAAUAAUUUAAGCGAAUUUAAGAUUGUAUUUGAAGAAAAAUGUCGAAAUAUUGAAAAACUGGGAAUAAAACAUAAUGAUAAAGAGCUAGAAAAUUCUGAUGAGAGAGAAGAAAGUUCUGAUGAUGAUUCAAUUGAAACGGAAGCAAAUGAAAUAGAGGUAAAUGAAACAACUGAGGAAAAUAACCAACUAGUUAUGACAAUGGACCCGUUUUUAAAUACCGGAGGCUUUGUUGGAACGAUCUCCUGUCGUUGA